CAGAUGAAGUUCUCAGCGAUCCUGUUCACGGCGUUCGUUGCGUUCGCAACGGUGAACUGCCACUACCUGCCGAACUUUGGCAAGGGUCAGCUGUACGAGGACAUCCAGUACUUCCUAGACCUGAUCCCCAUGGACCAAGUGGCGGAGGUUGUCCUUGAAUACGCCGCCGAAGACACGGAGUUCCAAUCUCUGCUGGCGUACUUCCAGACAAGCGAGUUCAAGACCAUGCUGACAGAGGUCGAGGGCAUCCAGUCGUUCCACAAGUUCACCAACUUCCUGGAGACGAACGGAGUCUACAUCGACAAAGUGCUGAACAAACUGAACAAUAUCGUGGGGAUCCCAGCGUACCAGCAGUUCUCUGUCAUCAGGGAUCAGAUCACCGGUGGACUGAAAGGUCUGUUCGAGGACGUGAAGGCACUGGUGUCCUACGACCUGUUCAUCCAUGGCUACGUGAAGAAGAUGAGGGAAUCCGAGGCCUUCCGCGGCUUCGUCGCUGAGCUCAAGUCCCAGGGCAACCAGCAAUUCGUCAACGACCUGUACGCGAACCAACGUUGGCUGCAAUUCCGUGCCAUGCUCGUCCGUAAUGGACUCGACGUGACCUUGGUCGAGGACAUCAUCUACACCGUCCUCGGCAUAGAGUUCCCCGUGAUCGAAGUCAAAGCCAGCGUGAUGACAUCCAAGGCUCUGUCAAGGGACAUCCACGAGUUCAUGGCUCUGGUUGACCAGAAAGCGAUCCAGCAGGUGGUGCUAUCUUACUUGGAAGACGACGAGGUGCAACGCGCGAUAGAGUACAUGUACAGUGACAGAUUCCACAACCUGGUCCACGUGGUCGAGAACUUGACCGAGUACCAGCAACUGGUGCAAUUCAUGGAGGACUCUGGCUUGGACAUGUACGGACUGCUCAAUAAGAUCCACCAUCUGUUCGGCAUGGAAGACUACGUACCACCCAAACCCAUCGGCAAGCUACUCUCCAACCUUGGUGGUCUGAAAGCUAUGGUCCACGACGUGGUCGCCACUCUCCCACUGGACAAACUCAAGACUCUGUACAACCAGAAGAUGCAAACCUCGCCGGCGUUCCAAGAAUUCAUGACGAGACUUCAGUCCCCAGAGUUCCAGACCAUCAUCAACACCCUGUACACGAAUCCUCUGUUCCUGGAAAUGAGACAGAAGGUCAUCGAUGACGGAGUCGACCUCGAACCUUUCAGGGAUGUGAUUGAAAACAUGCUUGGCAUCCACCUUCCCAGACCCUAA